UGAAAACUUUGGUUCAUAGAACACCUUAUGUUCUUUAUGUGUUAAGUAACCUUUCUAUUAUUUUAUAAUAUGGACACACAUUUUAACGAUUUUUGGUGCAUGUGAAUAUGAAACCUAAAAUAAGUUCAGCAUUUAUAACACCCUAAAGAAAUAUAGAAAAUAAAAAAUCGAAUAAAAUGGAAUUUAACGAAGAAUUAUAUUAUAAACUUAUGAGUGAUCCUGUGAAACGGAAUCUAGUGAUUCAAAUGCUCCAGGAUCAAAGGGGUGCCAUUGAGGAUUAUAAAAGAAAAGAAACUGUGAAAAAGAAUGUGGCAUCGUCAUCCAGUCCAUUUAGUAAGCUCCAAAAGAAAUAUAAAUGUGAGAGUCCUACAGCAUUGAUGAGGAGAAGAGCUCUGGAAAAGCAAACUCGUGACAAUGAUUCUGAUUCUGCAUCAGAAAGAAGUAACUCAAGACAAUCAACAAGUGGGUCAUCCAGUCCAAAUUUGAUGCCAAUUCCAUUUGAUAAAUUGUUGGAAGGAGUAACUGCUUAUGUUGAAAUUAGAAGUAAGGAUGAGGAUAGAUCUGGAGGUGCAAAAGCUUUAAUGAAAUCAAUGGGGGCCAAAGUACGAGACAUAUUUUCUAAAGAUGUUACUCAUGUUAUUUUUAAGGAUGGUUGUUUUACCACAUACCAGAAAGCUAAAUUAACAAAGGUGCAUUUGGUGUCAGUUCUAUGGCUUGAAGCUGUCAGAAAGAACAAUAGUAGGGUACCAGAGAGGGAUUAUCCUGCUUUAGGUGCUGCAGGGUUUGAUAAUGAUGUCUCAAGUAUAUGUUCUCAACUACAAAAAGAUUAUGAAGAUGUUAUCAGAGAAGAAGUGCAUCGUAGUAUAGCUUGUGGAUCACCUCUGCCAACAUCAAGGACUGUUAUUGAUAAAAGACGGUCUCUAAUGAGUCCUUCCAUCUCUAGGUUGUCAGAAUAUAGAAAAUCGCCAAUACUUCCAAGAUCUACUUUUGAUAAAGAAAUUGAACGUAUUAAUAGAAGAAAAACAAUGCAUUCAACAAGUUUUACACCACCAAGUGCGAUUUUAGAGAAUCCAAGCUCAAUUGUGACUUCUGAUGAUGAUUCAGAAAUAGCAAUUAUUAAUGGAGAAAAAGCGGAAAAAAGCAAUAUAAAUAUUGAAAUGGAUUCUGUUAUUGAAGCUUCAAUUGUUGAAGAGAAUUCUGCUAAUUUGUUGAGUUAUUUUAAAAGUAAAAAAGCCGUUGAGCCUUCUGAUAUGGAACUGACAAACCUUUCUGAACAUUCCUUAAAAACUAGAGAAUGUUUAAAGGAACUAAAUACAAUGCAAAAUAAUUCAGACAUGGAAUUAACUAGUAUUCAAAGCCCUUCACUUAGGAGAAAAACAAUAUCAUUGAAAGAAAAUAUACCUAAUGAAAAGGGUAAAAGGAAUGCAAAUGCAAGGAAAACUAUUAACUCUUCAGAUAUAUCUACCAAUAUAUCUGACAAAUCAACAAAUGUAUCUGGGGGUAGUAGCAGAAGAAAAACUAUUAAUUCAUCAGAUAGGUCCACCAAUAUAUCUGAUAAAUUAAUAGAUGUAUCUGUGGGCAGUAACAGAAGAAAAACUAUCAAUUCAUCAGAUAAGUCCACCAACAUAUCAGAUGAAAGCCUUUUAAAAACUAUAAAUGUAAAACAGUCUGACAAAUUACAAAUAAUAAGUAAGAAUUGCAGUCCCAAAAGAGUUCCUAAUAUUAAAAAAAAUAUGUCUGGUACUACUAUAUCUAAUAAGUCUUUAUCAAAUAAUUCUUCCAUAAACAUUGGGACCUCCACAUCUAAAAAUACUUCUGUUGGUACUACAACAACCAAUAUGUCCUCUUUAAAUGUUUCAUUUGAUAAAGAAAUAAUUAAUUUAUCCACCUUAAGUAAGAAUAAAGAUAUUUCUUCUAGUACCACAACUAUGUCAUCUUUAAAUAUUACUUCAGAUAAAAGUACAAAUGAAGCAUCUAUAUCUAGUAAAAAGAAAGAUAAGUCAGCUGGUACAACAUCAAGCAGUAUGUCUCCUUUAAUUAUAUCUACUGAAAAAAGUCCCAAUAAAUCGGUUGCAUCAUCAAAGACUGACUCGUUAGAAUUAAAAGGGGCGACUGAAAGUUUAAAUAUGUCAAGUUUAAAAUUAUCAACUGAUCUAACCAAUCAAGAAGCGGAUUUAAACAAAAAAACUAAUAACAGGAGAAUGAGCAAAAGAAUUAAUAACGAUUCUUCUAUGAGUACCAUGCCAUCACUGCGUAUAUCAGAAGAUAUGGUUACGACUAGAAAAAAAGGUUCAAAUGUUAGUAGUUCCGCUAGUAGAAAAUCGGAUUUGGCUAUUGAAGAUGACCAGGAUAUAAGUACCAAUUCUAGUGAAAUAAACUACAGACGUUCAUCCAGAAGACUUACACGUAAGUCCACGUAUUUGGAAGAAGACGUAACUAAACAAAGUGAUUUGGACAGUUCUAAAACGAGCUGUUGUUCAGUUGGUCUUACAGUUGCUUUGGAAUUCUUGGAUGACAAAAUUACUCAAAGGCGAAAAGGGACUACAAUUUCACAUGUAAAUAAUACUGAAGAAAUUCCAAGUGCCAAAAAUAAAACUGGAAAUUUACACAAAGCACGCCAGGAAGAAUCGUGUGAAGAAUCAGAUACAAGUUUAGAAUCGUCUUCAUCUUCUGACAGUGAAGUAGACGGUAAGAAUACUACAAAACCUCAAAAAACGAAUAAAAUCGAAGAAGUCAGCUCCAAUGUAUCACUUAAUGAAAGAAGAAAAAGUAAAAGAUUAACUAUUGCAAAUGAAAAACAUAAUUUCACAUCAACAGAAGACAGUGACGUGACUCCCAUAAAAUCAAACAAUGGAAAAACAAAUAAAAAUAAUACAUCACGGACGAAAGAUGCAUCUUCAAAAACUAGUGAAAUGCUUAAUAAUUCUAAGGUAACAUCCCCAACAAAUUCCGAUAGAAAAACGAAAAGAAAACCUAAGGACGAUGAGACUCCAACUCCCAAUAAAGUUACUAAAUUAGAUAGUAAAAUUCAAGAUACAUCUUCUGAAAAUGGGAAGAGCAGUACUGGUUCAUCCAAUAAAAAGAGGCGCAUAAGAAAGCUAUACAAUCCUGAUGAAUCAUACUCUGAACAUCUGGCUACUAGUGAUGAGAAAGAGAGAAACGAUAAACGUGUCCACUCUAAGCGAGGAAAGAAACAGGAUGUUGGUGUGAACUUGUUUAAUGUGUUGGUCAAUAAACCCGCUGGUUCGGAAGUAAAUUCAAGCAUUGAAGAGGAACAUUUAAUCAAUGAAUUGGCCAACUUAAAUGAGAAUGAAAAUACAAAAAAGAAAAAAUCUAAUAAAAAGACCCAGUCAAAAAAAGAGAAAGAAAGUAAAAAGUCACAACGGGACAGCGAAGCAGAUGAACAAAAGCAGUUAGCGUUAGAAUUUGUAGCUCCGAAGACUCCUAAAAAAGCAGAAAAAGAAAGACAUAAUAAAUCUGUUUGUGAGCGUUCAGUUUCAGCGCCAAUUACACCAUUACCAAACAGACGGAGUACAUUAGACUUUCAAAGUAUAUCUCAGAGCUCCAUAAAAAGGCUCAAAAUUGCUACAACUAAGCAACCAACAAUUGUGUGUACUAAGAUGCACAAACAUGAAGUGGUAUCAUUUUUAAAGAUUGUAAAUAAGUUGGGUCGUUUUAAAGUAGAAGAUGAAGUAACAAAAAAUACAACUCAUUUGGUUGCUGGAGAGCCCAAAAGAACAGUAAAUAUGUUGAAGGCCAUUGUUAGGGGAUGUUGGGUAUUAAAGAAAGACUGGCUAACUGAAUCUCUGAAGGCUGAUAAAUGGUUAUCUGAGGAGGACUUUGAGGAAACGAACUUCUCUCCACUUGUACAGAAAUGUCGUCUGCAACGCCAAGCUUUCGGCCCAACUUUCUCUUUGGAUAUUUUUAAAGAAUGCGGCAGUAUAUUUAUUGGUAAGUCAACUAAUCCCAAAUCAUCAGAUUUGAAAGAGCUUGUGGAAUUAUGUCAAGGAAAAGUUGUUAGCAGCCCUCACAUGGCUAAUAUUGUUGUUGGAGAACAAAGAGACCGAGGUAAUGCAGUCUGUGUCUCAGAAUUAUGGGUUUUAGACUGUAUUACAACAAAUAAAAUUCAUUCCACGUCAAAAUAUCUAAUUAGGUCUGUUAGUCCUGAACUAUGAAAUGAUUUUAUUUUACUGAUAUUUUAAUGAAUAAAUGUUUAUAUAUUUAUAUUUUAUUAAACAUGUUUUUUAUAUUGCAUUAGACAUUAUUAAAUAAAACAAUAUUUAAUGAAAGACUUA